ACCUUCAGUGGUGAAGCGACAUACUACAACUUGGGACUGACUGCAUGUGGUCAGACCUAUACAGACAGCGACAUGGUAGCUGCCAUCUCCUUCCCACUGUUCAACCGCGACUCACCUGCAAACCCGAACCUUGCACCGAGCUGCGGCAAGAAGAUCAAGGUGAUGCGUGGAGGCAAGAGUGUUGUUGUGCAGAUCCGGGAUAAGUGCGAGGCGUGCAAGGAGUAUGAUGUGGACCUGUCGCCUGCUGCGUUCAACCAGCUGGGUGUGGAGCAGGAGGGCCGGUUCCCUAUUACGUGGCAGUACCUGUAG